AUGGCAGUGGAGUGGAAAGAAGAGGCCCUGUCAGUCACCUUCAACAACAUCGCAUACACCAGCAACUACACACCAUACAAACCAGGUGGCCUCACAAAGUGGCCACUCAGACACAAUGGGGAGUACCUGAAGCUCAGCAGAGGCACAGGACUCCCCAACCAAGCCUACUUCCACAGACAACUCUACAAUGACCAGGUCCAACAAAUCAGACCUGGUUGUGUGGUCCAACACAAAGACCACAGCAAGACAAACAACAACCUCAGCAACCUGCAAAUGGUGCUAGAACCACACACAGCACAAUGCACCACUCUGGGAGGGCCAAAAGAAGAAGAAGGAUGUGAGCGACGUAUUGGCAGCUUUCCAGAACUUCGACAAGGCAACGGUAGCAUCAGCAAGGCCGAGCUCACUGAAGUCCUGAAGGUCGUGAGUGCUGGGUGUAGUUAA